AUGACACACAAGAUAACAUUAGGAAAUAACAGCGAGCUGUUAGAAGAUCAGAGUGUAGAAAGCAGAGAAUUACAUCUAACAAUUAGAGAAUUAGAAAUACAAAAAAGAGAACAAAAGGGAUUGAGUUUUGCGAAUGCCUCUAGCGAUUUGUUAUCAGAGAUGGAGGUGGAUGCUUUUAGGCAUCUCUUUCCUCUAUGCUUUCAUGAGUGUCACCUACUUGAAUCCAUUCACCCUGAUGCUAGGAAACUUGGGAAAGCUAGAGAUACAACACUUGCUCUUGGAGCUGUUGUUUAUGCUGAUGGGCAAGCUUUAGCCAAGAUAGGUUGCACGACCAUGUUGGCUGCCAUUAAAAUGGAAGUCAUGACACCUACCACAGAGUCACCAGAUGAGGGCUGCAUAAUUAUUGAUUUCCACAUGCCUCCAAUUUGUUCUCCUAUUGUUAGGCCUGGCAACCCAGCUAAUGUAGCACCAGUUAUAUCGAAACAAUUAUGUGACACUAUCUUGAGUUCUGGCAUGAUUAACUUCAAGGAGCUAUCCUUGGUCGGUGGGAAAGCUGCUUGGAUGGCCUACCUAGACAUAUACUGUUUGGAUGCAGAUGGUGCUUUUUUUGAUGUUGCGUUACUUGCAGCAGUUGUUGUCUUUUCUCAUUAUAAGAUAUACACACCAUUUACAUUUUUAUCAUUCUUCUUGUGCAUGCCUUAA